AACGUUAUAGAGCAAUGACGCAAGAGUUGUUUUGGAGGAAGUGAAAGAGGGGAGAAAGAAAUCAGUCGCUAAAAGAACCCAGAGCAAAAGACACAAGCCAACAAAAUCGGAACUAAAACAUUACUGUGGAGAGAGUCUAAAAUACUAUUCGGGGAAGCUGCAAUCAGAGAUUUAAGCAUCACAAGCUACGGCCACCAACUCUAAACAUUAACAUUUUAUCUGGCUCGCUUGCUAGCUAUUUUGCCAGAGACAGUUAUUCAAAUCCAGCAAGAAUAGGCUGUCCUGAGACAGCAAGUCGGAAAACAGCGUUCUGGUGUGUUGGAAGUUGAAGACACGACAGAAUGACAUCCAGGAAGAAAGUGCUCCUGAAAGUCAUCAUCCUGGGGGAUUCUGGAGUUGGGAAGACCUCCUUGAUGAACCAGUAUGUGAAUAGGAAGUUCAGUAACCAGUACAAAGCCACAAUAGGAGCUGACUUCCUGACCAAGGAGGUGAUGGUGGACGAUCGGCUCGUCACAAUGCAGAUCUGGGACACUGCAGGGCAAGAGAGGUUCCAGUCUCUGGGCGUGGCGUUCUACCGCGGGGCAGACUGCUGUGUGCUGGUGUUUGACGUAACUGCCCCCAACACCUUCAAGACUCUAGACAGCUGGAGAGACGAGUUCCUCAUCCAGGCCAGCCCCAGAGACCCUGAGAACUUCCCCUUUGUGGUGCUAGGCAACAAGAUCGACCUGGAGAACAGACAGGUGACGACCAAGCGGGCUCAGGCAUGGUGUCAGAGUAAGAACAACAUCCCCUACUUUGAGACCAGUGCCAAGGAGGCAAUCAACGUAGAGCAGGCCUUCCAGACCAUUGCACGCAACGCCCUCAAACAGGAGACUGAGGUGGAGCUGUAUAAUGAAUUCCCGGAGCCCAUCAAGCUAGACAGGAAUGACAGAGCAAAGACUUCAGCAGAGGCCUGCAGCUGCUGAGGGGGAACAAGGACUAUCUUCUGUCUGGCUUUCUGGAACACCCUCCUCUCUCCUCACCUGCUCCCCCUUAGGGAAAGGACUGCAUCUCUGGUCUCUGCACCCAUGUCACAUCCCCCUCCCACCAGAAUCACACUAAGUUCCCAGUUACACACACGAUGGGUGUAUAGCUCCUCACAUGCACCUCUAACACACAUACCAAUGCCCAAAGAUCACAUGAGAGAAGAAUUAGUACACCCCUGCCUGCCUGUUCCUGAAUCCAUAUCAUGAGUGAACCCACAACCUGGCCCACCCACCAUGUCUGUCUGACUGUGUCCCCUCUUGGCCUCUCAAAUUGUGGGGACCAGGUGGAGCCAUGUCCUAAGAGUGCAGUGGGGAACUCUAGAAGUGAUGGCUGAUGCUUUUUUACAUGAUUAUGAUAUCUUUGUGUCAUUGUCCUGAGACAUCUUAUCCUCUGUAUUUUCUGUUUAUCAGGAAUUUGUUUUGACUUGAAGUUCUAUAUUGCCUACCUAACUCUUGACAAAUAAUCAGCUGAAUUAUACGUUAUUUUUGUUCUUAUUGGCUGUCGAUGUUAAGUUUUAAGCCAUCGGAAGCUUAUACUGUGCUUGCACUUUGUUGUUUUACAGAAAAAAAUGUUUGGGGGGGCUUUAAAUGUUAAACACUGAUUUGAGCAACGUCAGCUAGACCGACGACAAGCCACAAACAACAAUACUGCUCCCACCAUAAUUCUCUACUACCCCCAGGAAGCCAUAAGUAGGCAAUGACGAGAAAAGCUGACCACACAAACACAAUGAAAGACAUGGAGAAAGUUCUUAAGAUAUUAAUACUAUUUGCUACUUAAUACUACUAGAACUACUGAUACUACUAUGUGCUGUAUGUCCUUCGUCAACCAUCUUGUUUCAAAACUAGAAUUACAGCUCUGUCCGCUGUUAUGUCUGUAUUGUCUCUACUGUAUCUCUCUCUCUCUGCUGGUAGCUCAGGAUGGCAAGAGUGCAUAAUAUUACUUUUUAACAGAUUGUGUGCUACUCUUGUGUGUAGAUAUAACAGGGACAGUGUAAAAAAAAUAUCAGAUGAAACACAAUUGGAUGAUCUUUCUAUAAAUUACAAAGAAACAGUCCAAGGAUUUGCCCUCCUUAACAAAAAUAAUCAGUGUUAUGCCAAUGAAGUUGUUGAAAGUAAGUAUUGGGAUUUCAAAAGUAAUAAUAAAAAGGUUAUUGAAUAUAAA